AUGCCAGACAAGCGCCGUCGCAGGCGAGCCAGCCAAGCAGCAUUCAAGCCGCGGCGCUCCCACCGCAAGUCGCGCAACGGGUGCGCCGAGUGCCGCCGACGUCAUAUCCGCUGCGACAAGAACCACCCCGUCUGCUUCAACUGCAACACGGGCGAUCGCGCAUGCGUCUAUCCGGCCGGCGCGGCGCCCGAAAAUCCGUCUGAAGAGGCCGCCGAGGUGAAUGGGCACACCGAAAAGUCGCCACCGAGCCAAUCACGCAGCCCAUGCCAGCAGAUACCGAUCCGCACGCCACCGGAAACGGACUUGCAUCUCCCGUCAGAGGCGGACGUCUUUUCGGCGACAGACUUGCUCGUCUUUCACCAUGCACAUACGGUUAUGGAGCAGGUCGGCCUCGGCCGCAAGGGCUCGUUCCACAGAGUCCUCGCUCUCGGCAUGCGGCAUCGGAUCCGCGCGCCGUACCUGCUAGACCAGCUGCUCGCUCUCGCCAGCCUGCACUUGGCCUUUGACGUGGAGCGAUCGCCCGAGACGCAGUCCAGCCCGCUCUACGCCGAGAUGACGCCCGAGAGCUUACGGCACCACGCGACGGCGCGGCAGACGCGCGCCGUAGCGUCCUUCAACUCGCUGCUGAGCGCGCCAGCCGACCUCGACAUGGACGCGGCGCGCUUCCUCUUUGCCGGCGUGCUCAGCCUUCAGUCGCUCGCCGAGACGCUCGGGGUGCUGCGGGCCACGGAUGGCUUCCGAUUCGGCGACUUCAUGGACCGCAUGGUGGCGUGCCUCAAUCUACACAGGGGCGUGCGCGCCACCACGGGGCGCGCCAUGCGCGACUUCCUGCCGCAGUCGGCGGACCUGAGCCCCAUCAUGGAGGUGCUCAACGCCGUCGAGGACGUCGACUGGAGCACCAAGCCGCGCGGCCACGAGUGCCAAUCGCUCAUCGACCUGCUCGGCACGUCCGACCUGGGAGACGCGAGCCUGGAUGUGUGCCGUGGCGCCGCGCACAGCCUGCAGUGGUCGUUUGACAUGUGCCGGAGCCUGUCGGUGCAGGACGGCCCGCACGCCGUGUCGGCCUUUGCGGUGACGGCGCCGCCGGGCUACGUGGAGGCGCUGCGGCGCUGUGUGCCGGAAGCGCUGAUUAUACUCGCGUACUAUGGCGUGCUGCUUCAUCGCUGUCGCGAGUACUGGAUCUUUGGCGAUGCGGGUGCGCGGAUGAUUCGCGCCAUUGCGGACCACGUUGGGACGUACUGGCAGGACGCUAUGCGCUGGCCACUGCAGCAGACUGGGCAAAGCUAG